UCGAUGGACAAAGACUCUUUUCUCCGGCAAUCGGAGUUCGCUUCAGAAGUCUACGUUCUCUCCGAUCUAGUCCAAGAAGUUUCACAAGAUGCUAAUGAUGAUAUAGUAUUGGAGGAGGAUGAGCUCAAUGAGGAAGAAGAUCAGAAAGAAUCAGAUAGCAAUGCUUUCGAGAAGCAUAAACUGUCUAGGGAACAGAGAGAGCAUAUCCGCGCAAUGAAUGUGAAGAGAAAGAGAGAUUUUGUUUGCUUGGAGAGAGUUAAUGGGGAGAUGGUCAACAUACUCGAAGGACUCGAGCUGCACAGCGAUGUUUUCAAUGCAGCAGAACAGAAAAGGAUUGUUGAUAAAGUGUGUGAACUACAAGAAAAGGGAAGAAAAGGAGAACUAAAGCGUGCAUUUACUGCUCGAGGCAAAGGACGUUCAGCUAUUCAAUUCGGUGCUUGUUUCAACUACCGAACAAGCAAAGCUGGAAACCCGGCAGGGAUACUUAGACAUGAAGCUGUGGAUCCAUUACCUUGUCUAUUCAAGGUGAUCAUUAGAAGGAUGGUUAAAUGGCAUGUUCUGCCUCCAACUUGUGUGCCUGAUUGUUGCGUAGUCAACAUUUAUGAUGAAGGUGAUUGCAUCCCUCCUCAUGUCGAUAAUCACGACUUCCUUCGCCCGUUCUGUACAGUUUCUUUCCUUAGUGAAUGCAAUAUCCUCUUCGGAUCAAACCUCAAAGUUGAGGAAACUGGUGAAUAUUCGGGUGGUUCAUACUCCUUACCGCUUCCGGUCGGAUCGGUGCUUGUGUUGAACGGGAAUGGAGCUAAUGUAGCUAGGCAUUGUGUACCUGAAGUUCCGACGAAAAGAAUAUCAAUCACAUUUAGGAAAAUGGACGAGUCAAAACGUCCAGUGUGGUUCACACCAGAACCUGAUUUGCAGGGGAUUCAGCCAUUGCCAUACGAGCUGAAAUCGUUUAAUUCUUCUGACUGUAUACUAGUUUCUGAAAAUGUGUAAGUUUAUGUAUAUUCUAGUUUGA